UCAAAGCCGUCAGAUGUCGCUAGUGUUGCUCCCUAAAGUCAUGGCGGAUCUUCCUCAUUAGAUUUUACAGAUUUGCCAUAAUUCGUGGGUAGAUUUAUUAUUACCGGCGUCGAAAUAAUUAUAGCUAGUUUUGUUCACACAGUGGGAGGCAAGCGACACGUUAUUAUCGACACAAUUGAAGGCCGGAAGCUAUCGAAUCGGAAAAAACUUCCCACUCGACGAUCGUCUCGAAUUUCGGCGUACUCAAGAUAAAUAGAAUCACUCGAUUUCGACGUCGCACCAUACUCUAAUUAAUUUACUACGCCUACUAUGACGCAAUAGUCGCCCGCCACGCCGGACGCCAUCGGAUUUAACGGUCGAAAUACAGGGUAUAGAGGCGGACAUGAACGAGGGCGCACCGAUGAUGUAUCACGGGAGCGGGGCGUUCGGGGGGCCGGGGCAGAUGUUCAUGAUGGGCGGGCAGGAGCGCGCCCCGCGCCACUACCCGCUGGACGGGCUGCAGAGCCUGGGCGCGGGCUCGCCGGCCGCCCACGCCACGCCGCGCCGCUGGCAGCCUCGCCGCGACCGCCACCCCAGCGCCAAGGCCGCGGGGGACAACACAGCCUUCGGCUAUGACUCGGAUGACUCCAGCCUCUCCAGCAAUGCCUCUGGCUCCAACAAGUCCGGAGAGAAAGGUGAGGAGUCGUCCCGCAGCUCGGAGCGCGCGGCGGGCUCGCAGUUCGGGGGCGCGUACGGGCAGGUGCGCGAGUGGCGCGGGCGCCGCGGCCGGGACGCGCGGCCGCAGCGCCGCAUCGCGCCCGAGCGCUACCUCAACGGCUCCUACCCCUUCCAGGUCAAGUUCACGCCCGACGACUUGCUCAAUGGCUCAAAAUGGGACACAUUGUCUCAAGAGAUUUGGGACAAGUUCAUAAAGUCACAGCAAACAGAAGAAACCUUCAGAAAGAAAAUGAACCUUUGGAGAUAUCUCUUCAUCACAAUCAAGACGAUAUUCCCUCGGUACGGGCUGUACGUGGUGGGGUCGACGAUGUCGGGCUUCGGGCUGGACUCGUCCGACAUGGACCUGUGCCUGUACGUGCGGCCCAUGGACGAGCCCGACCCGCGCUCCAAUGCGCUGCUGCACCUCAACUACAUACUCAGCUAUAUACGCAGCUUCGAUCCCAGUGAGUAUUCUAACCACGGACCAAGGAAACAUCACCGGAGAUGUCAUACGGAAGACGCCGAGCUGAUACAGGCGAAGGUCCCGAUCCUGAAGUUCCGCGACUCGCGUAACGGCUUGCAAGUGGACCUCAACUGCAACAACGUCGUCGGCAUCCGAAAUACUAACCUGCUACACUGUUACUCAAGACUGGACUGGCGCGUGCGGCCGCUGGUGGCGCUGACCAAGCUGUGGGCGCAGGCGCACGACAUCAACGACGCGCGGCACCGCACGCUGUCCUCCUACUCCCUCACCCUCAUGGUCAUCCACUUCCUGCAGUGCGGCACGCAGCCCGCCAUCCUGCCGCGCGCGAGCGAGGCCAGCGAGGCGCGGCGCCAGCACAACCGCACGACGCUGGCGGAGCUGUUCCUGCACAUGCUGCGCUACUACGCGGACUUCCCGUACGACAAGAUGGCGGUGUCGGUGCGGGCGGGGGCCCGGGUGCCGGUGGCGGCCUGCCGGGCGGCGCGGGCCCACAAGAACGACCCGCACCAGUGGAAGCUGCUGUGCGUGGAGGAGCCCUUCGACCUCACCAACACGGCGCGGUCGGUGUACGACCCCGACUCCUUCGACAAGAUCGUCAGCACGUUCCGCGAGUCGGCCGCGCGGCUGGCGACCGGCCUGCGCCUGGCCGACGCCUGGCCGCAGCGAUGAUACCGGCCGCCGGCGCCUAGACCUACUGCCUACUAUAAAUGUGCCACUAUGAAAAUUAUAUGUUUACAUUCCAUAGUGCCAUGUUGUAUUUAUUAGUUAUUUUCGCUUCGUUUUGAGGUGGACUUUUUAUUGAAACGACCGUUGUAUCGCUGCUUAUGUCGAAGUGCCGCUCAGCCAGCACGGCCGGACUCCGGCGGCCGAGUGCUCUGCAGCCGAACGUGACGCCCAGCCCUAACAAUGUACAAAAGCCAACAUGCAGCUUUUGACAUUUUCAUUUGCUUAUUCAUUGAUCUCAAUUACUUAAAGUUCUGUUUUAUUAUGUUAUAGUGCAAGCUAGUGCAAUAAUCGUAUUACACCAGUGUUAUUAUUUCUUUAGCCACUCUGUAAUAGCCUUCUAUUGUAAGCCCAGUGCUCAAUUCGGACCAAAGUUAAGUGAAAAUAGAUUUAUUAUAAACUUGUACUCACAUGUAAAUGUAUUUGUUGUUACAAUACAAAUUGCACCUCAAAACUAAUGUUGGACGAAGGAAGAGCGCUGAGCGUCGCCGCCGCGACGCCGCGACGCCGGCUCGGGGCCGCGGCGUCGCGGCGGCUGCCGGCGCCACACAAAUUAGCAGUAGCCAGGCAUCGCCGACAAGACUGAGCCUAGACUCUAGUACCCGUGUAGUAGUCAUGUUCACUAGUCGAUAGUCCUUCAGUUCUGUUACACGAUACGAGCGUCGCAAUACAAGUCAUUACGCUGCCUCGACAAAAAGGCGUCCUAUUCGUUUUUAAAUAUUUAUUAUUGUUUAUUUAUAAGUUAUUUAAUACAUGUAAAUAGUAAGAAAUAAAAAAAUACAUAAAUAUUCAUUUUAGGGUCGUGUAUGGUUUUUAUGUAAAUAGUAUUUUUGUGAUGAGGAAAGAGUAAAUGACAAAAAAAUAUAUAUUAUAUAGAGUAAUAUAACGAUAUGCAUGCUUUGCGUGGAGGGAGCCAGGACCCGGCCACGCGACGCAUAUGUGGGAGAGCGUACGAUGGGAGAAGACAAAUUCCCUGUGAUAAUAUACGAAACUAAAUUACAUUGUGAAUGUGUACAGUGUUUGAUGUUGAAGUAAUCGUUUAAAGGUGCUACUAUUAGAUGUUACGCUCCGAGGCGACGGUUGCAGCUCAAUGCCGCGGCUGCGCGGACCCCGCUCGGCAGUGUUCGCCGCAGCGGCGCUCGCGCAGCCACAUCGAUUCGUUUGCAAGUUCAGACGAACGCGUAAAACUUAAAUAAUGGUGCUAUAAGAUUGUGUUGCCUUAUAUUUGGCGCUGGGCUAUGCUUUAUAUACGAUGUGAUGAUACAGUUGCUAGAUACCAUAAGAUUAUUGAAGGCUUUCCUAAGAGGACACAGAAGUUUUAUACGAUAUAUUUACACAUUGUUUGCUUUUGACUUGUAAUAUAAGGAGUUUCAAAUAUAAAGAUCGUUCGACUGAAAUAAUACACACAUACGUCCAACGAAUGUUUCCAAGUCUUGUCAAAUUACUGCUAUAUGCCUUCCAUAAUCUUUCAUGCCACAUAGUCUUAUAAUAAUUAUUUACAUGUUGUUAGACAUGUUAACUUAUCUCAAAUUGAGAAACGCUUAAAAACUAUUCUUUGUUAUGUAUGUAUAAUGUUAAAUAAAAAGAUAUCUAGUAUUACGACGAGAUUGCGUCAAAAUUGUUUUUACCAUUUCACUAUAGUCAUUUUUCGCGCGUAAAAUGAAUAGAAAUGAGUAAAAUUGUAUUUUGAUGCUUUCUUGUUGAUAAAAGUUGUACGCGAUUAGCAGAAUUCCUAUUAUAAUAUGUGAGGAUACUAACAAUGCAUAUCUUUAAAGUAAUACAAAAGAUUGUAUAAAAUAUAACUUACACACUUAGGAAUUCUGUCCCUCUGAGGGGUACGACGUCGCCAGAUCACAUUGAUGAACUGAACAUACUUAUAUUAUGAAAUUCACUUUUUUUAUUUAUGUGGGCCACAGUUUUACAGCCUUUUAUUUUACGCAUGAACUCGAAUCGAAAUUCUGUUGUUUAUUAAAGUACAUAUAUUUCUACAUUUUUGAAAAAUAAUUUUAGUCGAAUAAAUUAGUCGUUAGAUCACAUGUUAGCUUAUUGUUCUGGUUAAGAUUCGGCAUCUACCGAUAUGUUUUCAUCGAUGCCUCGUAAUGAUUGUUUCGUUAUGUUUACAAUAGCUAGCUCCUAGAAUUAAAUCUAGACUAGAAAUUGUUAAGUUUUGUUUUUUAAUUUUAUUUAAUUGUAAAUUUUCACCAUCAGGACGUUGUCCCUCAUAGCCCGAAGCACUCACAAUUUGAUGUAUUACUAAACACCUGGCAUUUUAUAUCGCGUUACUUAUAAGUUUUAUAAAGAUUUUACAUAAGAGGCACUUGGCCGAGCUGAAUAAUUAAAGUACAAUAAAUAAUUUUUAAAAACAAGUUAUAUAUAAGAAAACUGAUUAGAGUUAUAAAUAAAAGUGUCUCUCAAAACAGUUUAAUUUUUUGAAAAGUUAUAAAAAAAAUUCGACACUCAAUUGAAAGAACAAAAAAAAUAUAAAAUUGAACUCCCAAAAAAAUAAAACCAAAAAAAAAACAAAAAAAUACAAAAAAUUAUAAAAAAAACUAAAAAAAAACUAAAAAAAGUGUAAAAUUCUGAGAAAAAAUUAUUUUUAUUUGACAAUUUAAAUUUAUCGCAUGUUUAGUUGGCUUCCACCUGCCUCUUAUAACUGUUUUUAAAUGUUUAAAUCAAUGUUUAUGUAUGAUUAUUUUUAUGCAUUUCUCUCAAAUAUUUCUAAAAGAUUACCUUUGGAGUUGUUUUGAAAAAAAACUAACUUCUGAAGAUACUAAUAGUUACCCCAAUUAUUUAUUUCGAAGCAAUAAAGUUAUAAACAAUUUGGCCACUAAAUCUGAUGUAAAAUUAAUCCUUUCAUAAUUCCAAUAAUUGCGCAAGAGUUUAAGUUCCCUUUCGUAGCCUUGACGCCAGGCAACUCUUGUGUAAAAUGGUGACAGUCUGAUAAAUUAUGGAAUCAGGCGUUACUUUGUAGAAAUCCAUAACUUAAAAUGUUAGGAAAUAUGUGUAGCGUUAAUUCCGUUACAUAACUUCGCGGAUUCUCGCCGAGUUAACGCUAUAUUUUUUUUUUUUACAUUUUAUGGUUACAGGCUGUUCAAUCUCUUAGUUACGCAUUGUCGAUUUUGUGAGUUAUGCCAAGUAGAAUUUAAUGGCAAAUGACCAUUAAUCUACCUCUUUAAUAACUCUUGGCUGUAGAAACUCGCUAGGUAGGAUCAACACCUUCAUAUGUAACACUACAAGAAUUGGAAUUAUGUUAAUCCAACUGAGUAUAUUUUCCUAAAGAUUUAUUGAAACCUACGUUAGUAAAUAGUCUGAUACAAACUAACUAAAAAACCUUAACUUUCCGGAUUAUACGCAGGUUUCAGUCAUUUCUUUAGACAUGUAACUUUAUGCCUGACUGGUAGUUGUUCGGCACUGCAUUGUCGGCGCGACGGACACCGUCACCACACACUAUUGUUAUACUACGGGCUAUAUUUGGACUAUUGUAAACAUCACUGCCAUGUUCACGUCCUAUAUUUGUAAAGAUUGGCAGUUCCAUAUUUAUUGAAUAGAUAAUAAUGUUGUUCAUUUAUAAGGUGUUAUUUGAUCUUGAUCUCCUUGGCAGUAUUUCCAAUCUAAAUUCUCGCUUAGCCCUAGAUCCGUUGAAUUUGUUACAAAAUUUAUGUUAACUGUAUAUCUUACAUGUACUUAAUUCUUUUCAAUUGUAUUUGUGGUUCAAAGGAAUAAAAUGCAAAUUGAUCGUCCUGAAUUUACAAUCACUUGUUUCCAUUAGUUAAAAUAUAUGUAUUGAUGAUAUAAAGUAGUAUACUAUUGUAAUUAUCUGUAUAGUGUGACCAUGUAAUAUAUUUUCGUCUCUUAAUGGCCUCUUUUUUUUUGUAUAGAUAUAUAUUUUGUCGCGUUUUUGACAACUUUAGCCUUGUGUUGCAUUUUAUUUUUAUUGAACACAAGCAAGAUUUUUAUCUCCAUAUUGUACAAAGAAAUUAUUGUAAAGAAAUAUUCUGUAAUAGUUAAAUAUAUACAACUGCCAAA